AUGGAUAAGAAUGCGAAGGCCCCAAUCGCUUCUUCAACGGAGUCGGGAUUUAAGAAUCCUCUUGAUAUUAGCAACCUAAUGUCGCCUCCUGAGCCUCCUCGACUCGAUUCAUUUUCACAUGGACGCGAAUCGAAAUCUAUAGGCCCAACUAUUUCCGAUGUUCGACGGUUGCAUCCCAUUUCGCCCAUCUCGCCUCCUAUCUCACCUGCCACGAAGACUGAUGAUCAUUCUGUCAAUCCUGCGUCAUCCACAAGUAUUACCGUGCAGGAUCCUAUCCUAUACCCCCCGCAGGACGUUACUCGCUCACCACAGCAACAACCAUUAUUCAGUCAAGACGACUCUAUCGACGUUCGCAGAAUUGUAGAUGAACAUGUGAAUGUACGACCGGCGGGUCUGUUUGGAAAUACGAGCCCACCCAAGCGAGAGGAUUAUGAAUUGAUCCUAUACUUUAACUCCCAGGUAUUGAAUAUCUACCAACGGGAUCCGAAGGCGUGGCUUAAGCGUGAACGUGAACUUUUACUAGCAGACCGACGAGCUGGGGCACGCAACAAUCAGUUCAAGCUCCAACCGAAGCCAAUUCUUCCGGCGAAACUCCCCCAGAUUCGAAAGGAGACACAGCGUGCAAAGACUGCGAAGCCAGCAAAGGUAGUCAAAGCAACACAGUCUAACACCGCAGCUCCGCGACCAAUUCGAUCAUAUCCAACGACGAAUCCGGGUCAAUCUGCCAAUCGCCCACCAAGCGCGACGCCUGAUCCUUCACCACGUCGUGCAGUUGCCCCGAACCGGGAAGAUAAGGAUUUUGCCUCGCUUCCUAACUACUGCCCGCCUUUGAAUUCGCUUCCGGAACGAUCCAACAGCCUCAAGGUGGAUUGGAAAGGAACACCAAUCGAUUUGAGCAAUGAUCCGCAUCGUUACCUCCUACACCCUGAUGAGAUUACACUCGCCGCCAAUCUUCGACUCGAUUGUGCUACCUACUUGACGAGCAAGCGACGGAUGUUUAUACGUCGUCGGGAGUGUCUUAAGAUGGGAAAGGAGUUCCGCAAGACGGAUGCACAGCAGGCCUGUAAAAUUGACGUCAACAAAGCCUCCAAGCUGUGGACAGCCUUCGACAAGGUCGGCUGGCUUGAGAAGACCUGGAUGGCCGACUUUAUGUAA